GGGCCGGCGAGCAGAACCGCCGCGGGGCAGGACCGGACUGCGACGGCGAGUGAGCGGCGCGGUGGCGACGGUGGCCGGGGCAGCACGCCAUGAAGAUCGACAUCCACAACCACAUCCUGCCGAGGACGUGGCCAAACCUUGCCGAGCGGUAUGGCUACGGCGGUUUUGUUCAGCUGGAGCACUGCCCGAGCACGCCGGACACAGCACGGAUGAUGCGGGAUGGCCAGCUGUUCCGGGUCAUCAAGUCCAACUGCUGGGACCCCGAGGUCCGACUGAAGGAGAUGGACGAGACGGGCGUCACCGUGCAGGCGCUCAGCACCGUGCCAGUUAUGUUCAGCUACUGGGCCAAACCCGCGGACACGGCUGACCUGUCACGCAUUAUAAACGACGACCUGGCGGCCACCGUGGCCAAGCACCCUACGCGGUUCGUCGGUCUGGGGACGGUGCCGAUGCAGGCGCCGCUGCUGGCUGUGGAGGAGAUCAAGCGCGUCCGGAGCGAGCUGCACAUGCCUGGCAUCCAGAUCGGCUCGCACAUCGGCGACUGGAACCUGGACGCGCGUGAGCUCGACCCAGUCUGGAAGGCGUGCGAGGAGUUCGGCUGCGCCGUGUUCGUGCACCCGUGGGACAUGGAGCUGGGGGGUCGGCACUCCAAGUUCUGGCUGCCCUGGCUGGUGGGCAUGCCGGCGGAGACGGCCACAGCCAUCGUCUCGGUGCUGCUGGGCGGCGUGCUGCAGCGCUUCCCGCGGCUCCGGCUCUGCUUCGCGCACGGCGGCGGCUCCUUCCCCUACACGGUCGGCAGGAUCGACCAUGGCUUCCUCUGCCGGCCCGACCUGUGCGCCCAGGAGACAGCAGUGCCACCUCGUGCCCAGUUAGGGAAGUUCUGGUGCGACUCGCUGGUACACGACGGCGCUGCCCUCAAUUUGCUGACGGAAGUUAUCGGGAAGAAACGGGUCAUCUUUGGGUCCGACUACCCCUUUCCACUGGGGGACCUUCAAGGAGGAAAAAUCGUGGAGGACCUCACUGAUGCUCAACUGCGGGACGACAUCUUCGCUGAGAAUGCCCUGGAGUUUCUCGGUCUGGACAAGUCCACCUUCGAGUGAAAAGUUCCAUUUACUGGAUCGCUGGCAUGUAUUCUUCAACGCAUUCCUGUACGCACCGAUCAACUACGAUGAAUGACAUCCAACAAAUGCGAGGUGAAAGGAAAUAUAUCUUACCCGCAAGCUAA